AACUACAUACAUGUGCACAAACAAGUACACACAACCAAUCUCCCCUCUCACUUUCCCCAAAAUCUCAAUCUCCACCACCAUGGACUCGCCGGAAAACCCCACCGGCAAGUCUCCCCGGUCACUCCAAGGCCCCCGUCCGGCACCUCUCCGGGUCCACAAAGACUCCCACAAGAUCCGCAAACCACCAGUAGCCCCACCACAACACCACCACCACCACCAACAACCACCACCCCACCACCACCAACAACAACAACAACAACUCCGGCCACCGGUCAUCAUCUACACCGUCUCCCCAAAGGUAAUCCACACAAACCCAAAUGAAUUCAUGACUCUAGUCCAACGUUUGACCGGCCCAUCAGCUCCAUCUCCGGUGGGCUCGUCUUUCCCCGCCUUCGACAGCGCCGCCGCCGUGGACGGCGGCGCUGUGUCGCCGGCGGCAAGAUUUGCAUCGAUAGAGAGGGCGGUGAAGUCGCCGGAAGGGAGAAAGACGGCGGCGGUGGGUGACGUGGCGGCGGUGGAAGGGGUGGAGAUGAGUUAUUUCCCCGGAAUAUUGUCGCCGGCGCCGGGAUCGCUGCCGCCGAUUCCGGCGAACUUUUUUUCGCCGUUGAGUAAUGAUUUUUUUAGUGGAUUAAUAAGCCCUGGUUUGCAUAACAAUAGUUUUGUUGCAAGUCCUACAAAUCUUUUGUCUUCUCGUAUAGUUUCACCUACAACACCAAACUUUGAUCUUUUUACUAGUUUGUUUGACUUGUAAUAUGCAAUGUGAUUGCUUUGUUAGGGUUCAUAGUUGCCUUUGUUGAUCAAUGGGUAGGUAGGGGUAGAAUUGGAAUUUUGUAAUUAGUAAUUUAUUUUUGUUUUUGUGUAGAGAAAUUGAUAUGGGAAACUUUGAGUUGACUUUUAGAGUACAUUCAUUAUACAUGUAUCUUUUUUUUAGUA